CUACAUAUUUGCACCAACACCAAAAUUCAAAAGGAAGGAGUGACUGCCAUGAAGUGUCAGUUGUUUUGAUGUUUGCUCUUUCUCCAGCUGGAUAAAUUGCCAUCUUAAGGACUCUUAUCACCUCUAAUUAACUGCCGGACACGCAAGAAGAAACCCGGGUCUACAAAGGUUUGGCGAGGACCCCGAAAAAUGUCGCUGUUUUUGGUCAAGGCAAGCGUGUCAAGUUGUCAAGAGCAACGGGCCUUACGUCCGACAUGUUCUCGGCAAAUUCCUGAUUUGCAACCCUGAGGCUUCUCGUGGUUUCAAGUUUGUUUUUAAGACUGCAGGCAGAGGACACCCAAUGUCUGCUGCUUCUGUCACAUCCCAGGAGCCCAGCAUGUACUGGUGAGAGAAGUGUCAAGGAGUGAACCACAGCCUCAGUCAGCAUUCAUCAUGGCAGAAGGACCUCCGCGUGGACAGGCCGAGUCGCAGUCCUGGGCAGAGUGGACAGAACAGCUCCAGGCAUACGUGGCCUGGGUCAACUCCCAGCUGAAGAAGCGCGCCGGAUGUCGUAUCGUGUCGGACCUGCGGAGGGACAUGCAGGACGGGGUGGCAUUCGCACAGCUGGUGGAGAUUCUGUCAGGUGAAACCCUCCCCCAUGUGGACUACUCCCCCAAGAGCCUGGGCACCAUGAAGCAGAACGUGGAGAUCGUCCUACAAUUCAUGCAGACCCACCGCAUCCGCAUGCACCAGACUUCAGCCAAGGAUAUUGUGGAGGGAAACCUGAAGGCCGUGAUGAGACUCAUCCUGGCGCUGGCCGCGUACUUCAAACCCAGCAGCGUGAAGUCAUCAGCCCAGCAGCACUCGCGAUCGCAGCAGAGGAACACGUCGGUCGCGGCUGCUGCAGGUGCCGCGGCUGCAUUGGCGGAUGCCCGUAAGGACGCGGCAAGUGCCGGGCGGCAGUACCACAGUAGGAGGGAACCACGGUCCCACGGUGAUGCCGGACACCACAGGUCUCCUGCCUCCACUCCUGACAGACAGCCUCCUAGGUAUGAAGAUUUGGUCAGAUCCCCUCCUGCUAGCAUGUCCUCUCAGUCAAGGCCCCCUACCCAGGAGCCUGAUGUGCUUCCCCGUCGUGACUCCGACAGCACGCAAGGGCUGAGCUCUGGUGAUGAGGGUAGCAGAGCCUCCUGGCAGGAGUUACUGGAACAGCACCUUGACCUUGAGAGUCAGAUGGAGGAGGCAAAGGAGACUGUUGUGAAACUGCAGCACUUACUCCUGCAGGGGGAGGAAGAGGGGGAGGGGGUGAGACAACUGCUGGAGGGGGUGAACCCUGAGGAACAAGUGGUGCUCCUGCAGAGCAGGUUAGAUCAGCGAGAGGUGGAAUGUGAUCACCUGAGGAAGGACCUCUCCCGUGCCAAACAGGAGAACAUGAACCUGCACGGGACGAAGGUGGGGCUUCAGUCACGGCUGACAGAACAGGACACUUCCCUGCUGGAGAUGAAGAACGAGCUGUUGAGGCUCGGUUUCGUCAUGGAGCAGUUUGAGGCCGACAAGGCAGAGUUGCAGCGGAAGGUUGACGACAAGAACAAGAUGUUAACCGACCUGCGCAGACAGCUAACAGAAAAGGACAGACAGUUGGACGAACAGCAAGCCAAGUUGGAGGAGGCAGAACGUAAACUUUCCCAGGCAAACUCCAGUAAAACGAAGGAUACCGUCUCCAGUCCUGUGUACAACGGUGUGCCAGCAGCGCUUCCUCCUGGGGAGGAACUACAGGUGGUACGGGAGGCGUUACGAGGUUUGCGUUCCUGUUUCCAGGUCAAUAACCCACAACAUCACACCAUAGACACGCUGGAGCAGAGCAUAGCAACUCUCAUGGAGAGGCUACGAUUCCUGGAGUCACAGAGACUCAUAGCAAGCCAGAAGGAGAGCCUGGCCAACAGGGUGAAACCUGCAUCACCCAAAUCACAGGACAGUGUGCUGUCGCCAACGUCACGACAGCGCAGCAAUGGUGUGGAAAGUAAUGGUUCCACACAAGGGACCAAGAUUCUGUACUUCACCGAAAAGACGGUAACUCCCUUCAUGACUUCAAUAAGUAAAAAGCUAGGAGACAUUACAUUAAGAGACUUCAAGGAAGUCUUUGACAGACAAGGGAGCUUUAGAUUCCACUUCAAGGCGCUGGACCCAGAGUUUGGAACAGUGAAGGAGGAGGUGUGCCAGGAUGAGGACAUCAUCCCUGGCUGGGAGGGCAAAAUUGUAGCCUGGAUAGAGGAGGUCAGGCCAUGAUACAGAGGGGGUAGGUGCAUUGAAUGGAACAGCUUCUCCUCCUGACAAAGUGAAAAAUAAUUCCUCUACAUUUUGUAAUAAUUACUCGAACACAUAAGUUUCCAGAAGUUUGUAUCCAAGAAAUUGAUGUCAGUUGCUGUAACGUCUUUCAGGUUUUUAUAUUUGUAAAGUUGAAGACACGUUUUUGCUAUGUAUAUUUAGUAUGAUUUGUGAUGUACAUAUUAUUUCAUAAUCAAUGAUUAGAUAAAUAUAAUGACCUUAACAUGUUUGAGUCUUUCAUGUAAUAAUGUCUGGCUAUGGUGCUGCCUAUUAUGAGAAUAACUCUUCUUAAUCAGAGUUGUUCAGGAUCAUAAUGCAAUUCAGUCCAUCCAAAAGUUCUAUUUGAAAUUCGUUAUAUGUACAAAUGUAUAUGCUAGCUCUGAAAGGCAAGUUGUAUGCCACAAUUUGGGUGCCAAAUUGUUUGUUUCUUUUAGGAAUAUUUUUCAUGGUUGCAAGAUAUGAUCCAUCCCUUUUUUUUGUAAAAGGCUGCCAACUUUUGAAGUGAACAAGAGUCUCUUGGAUGUACAGUGGUUGGUUGAAUAACAUACAGUUAUACUGUAUAUCGUUCAGUAGAAGAGCCCCCUAUCAGGUCUGAUCAAAACUGCAGUGGACUUAAGGUGUGAGCCCGUAAAGACAAUGACAUCAUGAUCACAUGUUUCUCAUGUAUUUUAGCAUUUUGGAGCAUGCAGUAUUUUAGAAGAGCAGAGAAAUGAACUCCAUGUAUUGUAGCUAUGUUAUGUUCACAUUGUACCCCAGUACAUUUUUUUACUACAGAUCUGUUAUGAACCAUGUGCACCAUGUGCUACAUUGUAUAUGUGCAGUAGGAAGCUACAAGCAACUGUUACAAGUUCUGGCAACAUGUUAAUUUUCUUACCUUAAAAUGUGUAUCCGCAUCAUACAGAUUUUAUAGAUUUUCAGACCUGAAAAGUUAUAUCAUUUAUCUUAGACAAGAUUUUCAACUUGCUAAGUACUAGUACUUGUUGUCAAAUCAACAUGCAGUUGUCAAUGAUAAUUCUACAGGAUUGUACAGCAUGUUGAUGUUGAGCUUGAAGACUACAAAUACCCAGCGUUGUCAAAUUUUUUCUAGUCUCUACUGACCUAAAGGCCAGGAUACGUUACUUUGUACUAGAGUAGACUCGUCUCUUCUAUACAUAAACAAUUGAAUACAUUUGACAAUUAUUUUCCAUAUAUGCUCUAGCUUUGAUAAAGAGGAGUGGGGAGGACGAUAUGUUGCAGUCAAAGCACUACUGUACAAUCCACAUUGCCUUGUGGAUUUACAUUGAAACUUGCAUGUAGUCAUUGUAAAUUUUACCUGUAAUGUACAUGUAUGCAGAUAAGUGGCCAACAAACUUUUUGUAUAUUUUGUGAGAUCACAAGUCAAGAUUAUUUUUGUAAAGAAAAGAUAGUGUAGUUCCAGCAGCUUAUUACAUUUAGCAUUACUACAUUUAGUUGCAGCCCUCCAAUUCAGUACAGCUGGAAUAGUUCAGGUUCAGGACUACCUGUGUACACUGUGCACGUUUGUCACAGA